UUGCCCCUCAAACACAACAAGCGCAAGCAAAGCAACUUUUUUUGUGCGGUCGUAAACAGGACGCGCGUCGGUGACCGGAGAUCUUUACCCGUUGAUUCCGUUCCGUUCCCCGGGGAACCGGAAUGGCCGUGAAUUUAGUUUAGUGAAAUUGUGCUCUUUUUACUCGUCGACGCAGUUUUCCGAAAAAGUGGAAAAGAUGGAAGUGAUUUUAAGCUCGCACAUCGCCCGGGUCGUUUUGGCUUAUUUGUACGACCAGAAGCUGAACCGGGCGGCGGAUGAGUUCUGCAAGGCGAGUCCGUACCUGAAGGAGGAACGGAACUGCCUAAAGUCCGGCUUCCGACCGGCCAUGUACAUCAGCUUCAAGCUGACCGAUUUGUUCCGGGAGUACAGCGAGAUUCAGAUAAAGCUGAAUACCUUUGUGGAAAAGUAUGGGAACCAGUUGGAAAUUCCGGGAGAUUCGACGACGCUGAAAAAGAUUGACUACUUGCUGGCGGCGUUGCGGAAGAAUCGUCGGAUUAAGGUGGAGCCGACGGCGGUGGGACGGAAGCGGAAGAUUCCGUCGCCGCAGCCGUCGCUGGCGAGCAGCACGCCGGAAGUGUCGGAGCCGAAGCACAAACGAAUCUGUAUGAACCGGUCGUUUAUCGUGCUGAACGAAAGUGGGGUGGGGGGAGGUCGGAAUUUGUCCAACUUGUCGCACAUUUCGCCGAUUGGUGGCGAGACGACGCAGGAUUCGGUCGCCGGGGAUGACGAGAGUAAUAAGGAGGAGGAAGAGGGUGGGGUUAGGACGGAGGAGGAUGAGCAGGAACUGUCCCAGAUCGAUAUGUGGAAGCAAACGCUGCUGGAGAAUCAGAUUUAUCCGGAGAAGAUUGCGGAUUUGAUCAAUAAGGAGCGCGAGACGUCGAUGAAUCAGCAGGUAGGGGAGGUGGAAGUGAAGGAGGUUGUGGAACCUCCGGUGCCGGAGCAGCAGGAAGUGGCUAAGACGGAUAGUCAAUCGUUUAAUUUUAAUUUUGAAGAUUUGAUAUCGAACAUUGUUAAUCAUAUUCCCGUGUUUGAAGAUAUGCUUGAGGAGAGCAAACCGGAAGAACCCGUUGUUGUUCCCGAAGAGACGGAACGGCCAACGACGCCGGUGACAGAAACGCCGCUGAAGGCGCGUCUUAGAAAGACCUGCAAGAAAAACUACGCCAAUUUGUCCCCGCUUAAGAAAAGCUGUAAAAAGGUUAAAGUAAUUUCUGACGUUCCAUUCGAAGGAACCGUACCGGAAGUGUUGCGAUCGCUGAAAAUCGAUCCUGCUCAGGUGCAACCGGAAGUGUCCUCCACGGGGGAUCAAGCCAUCGCGACCGGAAGCAAUUCUGCCACGCAGUACUACGUAAUUCAGUCGGAUAACACGACAAAACUUGUGGACAUCAAUCAGCUGCAAUUCCCCACUCAACCGGCGAUCAACGUCGGGCCGGAUGGCACGCAAAGCCUGCCCCAAACGCUGAUCCCGAUUGCCGGAAAUGGCAUCCCAGAAAAUACCUACUUCAUCCUGGACAGUCAGCUUCCGUUGGUUCUGGGCGCGUACACGAACGAACCCCAACCGGAAUCGGUUCCAGCCAUCGUCGCCCCCACCCCGGAAACGCUUCUCAGCCCGGAUAAGUUCCUUAUAUUCCCCAGCAGCGCGCCGGAAACGAACGCCGUAGAAUCUAUCAGCACCGUGGCGGCCCCCAUGGCCAACGCCCCAACAACCACGGCCAGCAUCAUCUCCAGCAUUUCAUCUUCAGCCCAACUCAUCAAGCAGGAGGUCAAAACCACCCCCCAGAACGUGUCCGUUCCGAACCCUAAAGCACGCAGCGCCUCCACCCCAAGCCGGAAGCAGUCCCACAUCCGGAUCCUCAACUUUCACACCCCGGCCAAAGCGGCCGCCCUCGGAGGAAAUCGCAUCGCGACGCCCGGAUCUGCUCCGGCCUCCGUCGACAAUCGACGACUUCCGGUCUCGACCGUCGUCAGCAAGCUAUCGAAUCUGCUCGAAGAGCAGGAACCAUCCCCUUCCCCUCUCGCCAAACUGGCCGGCGAUUGGGACGCCGUGCACGGCAUCGGUGCCAUCACGGCUACCGCCGCCGCCACUCCCAACCCCAACUCCGUGUCCAACACGCCGCGGGUCGCGCGGAAACCCUGCGUGCGCGUGUUGUCCCGCGCGGCCUCCGUCGAACCCACGGAUGCUAUUCCCCCUGCGGAAUCCCCCGCACCGGAAGUGCGCAAGCCCACCCAGGCCCGCACUCCGGUGGCCAUCAAUCCGUCGGACAUGGAAGAGUGGCGCCGCAUCCGGGCCGUGUCCAAGUCCAACUUUGAUCAGCACCUGCGGCUGGUCGAGGAGCAAAAGUCCAUCACGACCAAGAUGCUCCCCGGAAGAAGCGACCCGCGACGGCGCACAAAACGAAAAAGAAGAAGGCGAAGGCGGCGGCCGAAGGGGGGGACAAGACGAGGACGCGAUGAACGAGUCCGGCGAGACGACCUUCGAGGGCGAGUGCUCGCUGACCGAUGCGCACGCCCAGCUGCUGGAGGAUGCGCUAGCGUCGGCGCGCAAAAGACGCCGGUCAAGCGCGAGGAAGUGCUGGAAGACCAACCGGAAGUGGAGGACAACGCCAAGAUUUACGUGAAGAUUGCGACACCAAAGAAGAAGGCGGAAGCCGCCGCCAAGGCAAGUCCGAGGCGAAAGCAUCCGAAGGGGGGCAGGUCGGCGAAGAAGCGACGGUCCGGAAGUGCGCGGAAGAAGGUGGUCAAGAAGAAGGAGGUUGUUAAGCAAGAGGAAGUGGAAGUUCCUAUGGAGGUGGAAGUUCCUGCCGAGCCAGAAGAAAAAGUUGUUUCGACAAUGGCGGUAGAACCCGUACAAGUCAAAGAGUCGGAAAAGGUUGAGAGUCCAGCGAAGGAAGAACCGGUUAAACCGGAAGUUCCCAUUCCGGAAGUGCACGUGACUCCCCCGGAGCCGCCGAAGGCGGUCAAGGAUCAUCCUAAACUUUUGGCGAAGAAAUCCAGCGCCGAAUACGUCCGUCUCGAAAAGGAACAGCAGCAACAGGAAGUGGUUCCGGAACCACCGGAAGUCAUAACCUCAAACGAACCACCUCCGCCAGCCCCCAGUGACUUUAGCUUCAACGUCUCGGCCCUGCUCGAGACGCCCUUCAAAGCCGAGCUGGAGAACUUCCCCGUCACCCCGCGCUUCCUCGUCCCGGACCCUCUUCAGGACACUCCGAUCACGAAGAUCAUGCGCGAUCUCAAAAGUUCCGCCGAAGGUUCGUCCGUGGCACAAGCGUGCGAAAUCCAGACGCCCAACUUCCCCAUUACUCCGGGUCUCAUCAGCACGCCCAAAUCAGUCACGUCGCUGACGAGUCCGCAAAGUACGACCGCGGGAGGAUUCUCCAGUCGGCGCACGGAUUACUCGUCCGGAAGUUCGUACUACAAACCCGACGAGUCGGAAGAUCUAGACAAAAACCUGGAGACGAUGCUGCAGAAUGAGCGGAGGAAGCGGCCGCCGGCCGCUCCAGAACCACUUCCGGCACCCGAACCGGAACCGGUUCUAGCACCAGAACCUCACUACUCCUGCUCCUCGUCUUCCUCCUCCAGCAGUUCGGAUUCGUCCGAAUCGAGCAGCGCGAGCUCGCCGGAAACGUCCCCCGUCAAACCAUCGGAAACGGAACCGACCGCAGCGAAACCAACGGCCCCCCUCCAGCUUCCGUCAACCGUGCACAACAUCUUCGAGAUGCGCCGCCUGCAGCGGGCCGAACUCGAGGCCAAAAAGCAGCGCACGAUCGCCCGCAUCAAAACGACCAAAAUGUCCCCACCGCCCAAGCGAAUCGAACGGAAAUUCUCCGGCGCACCCGGCUUCAAGGCACGCAAGGUUGUGGUAAGCCGCGGCGUGAAAGAACCUGCCAAAAACAGAGCACCGCUCAAACCGGUGCCACCGGUCCCAACCACCAAAACAGCCACGUACUCCUCCUCCUCGUCCAAGCGCAAAAACCCAACUCCCCGAAAGGUCGUCUAUCUGGAAAAACCGGCCCCCAUCCCAACCAAGAAGUACUCCCCCAAACGGAAACCAACCGCACCGGAACAUACCCGGAAGUCCCCACGAACCACCCAGCCCAAAACGUCCCGACCCAUCGAGGGCACCUACGAAAGCGAGAACCUGUCCCGGCUCUGCUGCACGCCCGACCCGGUCGAACCCACCCAGGAAGAACCCCUCCCCCGGAAGCAGGUUUACGCGUUCAAGAGUCCGGAACGGACCGUCCCCGCAGAAGAGGUUCCCGUGGUCACGCCAGACUCCAACAAAGAGAACCUCUCGACGGAACGGAUCCCGGACGAUGCCGCCUCCAGCAGUGGCGAGGAAGAGGACGAAGACGACGAGUGGACGAUCCGAAGCGUGGCCGAAGACUCUACUUGCUACUUCCGGUUUCAGCACGACGAGAAGAAGCGCGGAACGACGACGGCUUCGCCGUCAAGCCGGGUCAUCAAAAAGUGCAACGUCGUUCUGGACGGGCGCAAGAUCUGCAUCCAACCGCAGGACGCCAUCUGUCUGUUCGAGCAGGAACCCCAAAAAGCGGCCGGAAGUCCGAAGAAAGAAAAGAAAUCGUCCAAAUCCUCGUCAAAACCCUCGAAAAAAUCUUCAAAAGAACCGAAGAAGUCGGAACCCCCUCCACCACCCGCUCCAACCCCGGCCCCGUCGACGCCCUCAAUCAAAGCCAAAAUCAACGUGGUGUCGGCGGUCCGGACGGCGACGAACCCCAUCACGGGCAAGCGCGGCAACCAUCAGGUGCAGCAGCGAAACGCACCGGCGGCCGCCGCCCCGGAAGCGACGACGGGAAAGUCACUGCUGCUGCGGGAAAGUGUGCUGAAGGCUAGCGCGGAAGCGAAGCAGGCCGCGGCAGCAGCAGCGGGGGCGAAGCAGACGACAAAGGGCGAGAAGGAAAAUGGAGCGGGGUCGUCGGGGGCGACCACGAGCGGCGACAAGGCGGACAGUGUAUCCCCAUCGCCCAAGAUGCCCCUCAAGCUGGACAUGAAAAAGAAGCACCAGCAAACGAUCGCCGACAAGAAGUCAUCAUCGUCGACUUCCGGCGAGAAGCACGCGUCGUCCGAAAAGCAGCAAUCGCAGCCGAAGGAAAAACCAACACCACCAGCAACAGUACAGCAGCAGCCAAAGGAGGAGAACAGCAUCGACAUUGCGGCAAUACUGUCGCAUCUCCAUGGGUCGUAAAGAGGAUGGGGACAAUUAAGGGAAGGAUGGUAGAGCGCAUCUUGUACAAAAGAAAGGGUUUUUUCAUUGAGGACGGGGUUGAUUUCGCGAGCCAAAAGUUGAAAGUAUUUCCAGUUUCGUUUGUGUUUUGUUUUUUCCCUGCCCGCCCGCUCGAUUGACGAUUCGAAUAAGAAGAGAGUUUAUCCACUGUUGUUGUGUAAUGUUUUGCUUCUGGUUGUAAAGCAUAUUAUCGUACCUUUAGAUAGCGGAAGGGUGGUGACUCGAACCGGAUGUACAAUGUACAUUUUUUUCAUUUUGUGUAGGCAGACUUUAUAUUUUUAAACACGUGUCAAGUAGUCCAUAUUUCAUAGAAAACGCUUAUAACUCAUUAUUUUUCAUUUGAAUUUAUUAUUUAAUAAAAUAAAUCAUGAACUAUUAUUUGAUUAUGGACAAACCUU